AUGUUAUCAGCGGUCAAGGUCAAGGUCAGGGACCCGCUGCUGCUCAACAUGUUCGAGGUGCUGAUCUCGUCGCUGGACGAGAAGUUCCAGCGCGUGAGCUCACUGGAGCGGGGUCUGCAGACGGUGCUGAGCCGGCUGGAGCGAAUGGGUGCGCAGCUGCAGCUGAACCGCAACACGACGGCCGCCAUACUUACCAGGAUGGACCAGCUGGAGCAGCUGCUCUCCCGGCGGCCACCACCUGCCGGCAACGCCAGCCCGCAGCUGACAUCUGUGGACGGCCGGCUACGGCGGCUGCAGCUGGCGGUCACUGAGCUGCAGCGCACGGUGGCCAACAGGACGGUGCCGGUCGCCCGGCCGGUGCAGAUCAAGCGAAACCUGGCGCGGGCGCGCGGGCGAGGUCCCGACGUUGUGCCCGAAAGGCUGGUCAAGGACGCUGAGAAGAUGUCGCAAGUAAUCAACGAGCUGCGUGGCAAGGUGGUCGCCAUGGAUACAAAGUUCGGCUUCCACAUGUCCCAAGUGUCGGAGAACCUUUCUGACAUCUUCCGCUCGGUGUCGACGGUGUCCGGCGUGCUGCUGGAGGCACCGCGCGACAACAGCACGACCGCCCGCUCGAAGCUGGACGUGCUGGUUGACAAGAUCCAGCCGCUGAUGGACGUCUCCUCCAAGAUGGAUGAGGUGUGGAACGUGGUGGUGGGCACCAAGUCCUCGAUCGACGACCUGGUGCCCAAGUCGGACGAGCUCAUCCACACGACCAGCCGCCAGGAGCGCGCCAUCAACGACAUCCACAGCGACCUGCAGGAGCGCACCAAGCAGAUCAUCGACAACCUCGGCAUGGUGGAGCAGCGACUGAGCGAGGAGCGGCCGCCGUCGACUGGCGCCGGGCCGGCCCCCGACUCCGGCGACCCCAGCUCCGCCAGCAAGCGCUACAUCCGUCCGGUCACAUUCCCGACGCGGCCGGCGUCGCUCCCGACCCGACCGGCCACCAGCACGGCCGCCGCGGUCGGCCGGCUCGACGCUCCCUUCGACCUGCUGGACGAACAAUUUCUGAAGGCGCACGAGAACUACACGUCUGUCGGCGACGCUCCGACCACCGCCGUGCCGCGUCCGGAGAACCGUGGCAGGCCCAGCGGCAUAGUCUUCCCGGGACGGGCGCCUCCCUCCAGCGACCUCAACACCUCCUUCAUCGUCACCACGGAGGGCAACAGCAGCACGAACGUUGGGGGCUACUCUUGUCGUGACUUCCUGGAUCGGGGUGUUAACGAGUCGGGAAUCUACUACCUGCACAUCCACGGAACCACCUUUUGGUACCUCAAGGUGUUCUGUGACAUGGAAACGGACGGCGGCGGCUGGACGGUCAUCCAGCGACGGGACAACUACGCCGAGGCCGACCAGCAGAGCUUCAACCAGGCCUGGGAAGAGUACAAGCAGGGCUUUGGCAGCCCCACCACCGCCUUCUGGCUAGGCAACGAGAACAUCUUUAUGCUGACCAACACCGAGGACUACCAGCUAAGGAUCGAGCUGGAGGACUUUGACAACGAGAAGAGGUAUGCUCAAUACAACACGUUCAAGAUGCAUGGCGAGGAUGACAACUACAAGCUAGAGAUCGGUGGCUACGAGGGUAACGCCGGAGACUCGAUGAAUGACCCCUGGUAUGGCAGCAAUCUGAACCCGUUUUCCACCUACGACAGGGACAACGACCGGUCGAGCCUUAACUGUGCGAGCAUGCUAAAGGGCGGCUGGUGGUGGCGCUCCUGUGGCCGCGGCCUCAACGGUCUCUACCUGGCGGACCCCAAUGACGUCAUCGCCCGACAAGGCAUUGUCUGGUACCGCUGGCGAGGCUGGGAUUACUCGCUGAAGCGUUCCGUCAUGAUGAUCCGGCCGAACCGAGUGCGCGACAAGCCAGCCGGCGACGACUGAGACCGCGAUCAGGGUCACAGGCGGAGCCACGGCCGAGGUCACGGCCGAGGUCACGGCCGGGAGACGACUCCGACCACCACCCAGAUCACGGCUGAGGGUACGGACGGGGGCACGGCCGGGAUCUUGCCAGAGAUCCCGGCUGUGAUCCGCACUAAACUCGUGGAACACCCUCGCCGGUCGCAAGGUACCGGACAGGGCUCCCACGAGCGGGAAGGACGCCGAAUCUCCGCGCCGCGCCGUGCCCCCUGAGGCGAGGCCAGGAACGACAGUGGUGGCAGUGGCUGCGUGUAGCACGCCUGGUGCCUCGCGGCGGUCACCAACGCUGCCGCUCCCUAGGGCGUUUGGGAGUGACGUGGAACCGGCGCAUCUUGGGGCUGUCGAGGCUGCGAGUCGGUCAAGACUAGGACACGCCUCUGGCGGCCACACAACGGAUUCAGUGUGCACUGUGCAAUUGUUUGUGUCGAACGUGUGAUGCUCUCCCAGGUAACAGCUCUGUGCCCUGCGCAUGACCUCCGAUUACAGCAAAGUACAUUAACGCUUCUGGUAAACCGCUAAGGACGACCUUACACGCACUCACAACCAUCGGUAAUGCAGAAGUAAUGCUAACCAUGCUUUCCAUUGACGCUUUUUCUAACGUAGUAUCUACUUUAUAGCUGAUCCUAGGCUCAGGAGAUUAUACUAGGUGAUAUCGGAUCAGGCAACGGAAACUCUGAAACAAUUCUCGUCAGUCGGAACAGCUUAGCUCGCCUGCACUACAAAUGUCUUCUGUCAUGUUCUCUGCGCACGCCUGUGCUUUAUCCAUCUCAGAUACACAAACUUGAGCAAACUACUCAUACCUCUUAAGCAUUGCAAAUUACGAUUGUUAUACUAAUAAAGGACGUGAAGGCACAGUCGAAUCUCGUACUGAAGACUCCGAAGCAAAAAUAAUGCGCUUCUUUGGAAUAUCGAGGCUUUUUUCAGGAAUGCGCCUAUGAUAUAUACCGCCGUGGUGCAUGUGCGUUUCGGACGCGUCAAAUACCACUUUGUACAUAGACUGUACCGCAUGUCGGUCGAAUAGCGAAGUAUCUUCGGCUUCUAGUAUGUGAAUAACGUGUUGUUCGAUAGUGGACAGAACGGUACGCCAUGUUGAUGUUAA